AUGUGUUCCAAGAAUAAUAGUAAUAGUAAUAGAGCAGAACCACUGCCAUCAAUGGAUGCUGGAGAUUCACAUAUACACAAGCAUGGACAUCCACAUCAUAAACAUAAUCAUACGGACAAUGAUGAUGAGGAUACUAUAAUGUCGUUAAAGGAUUUAAACAUUUCUGAUAAGAAGAAAUUAUCCACCGUCCUUCAUGGUAGAAAGGCAAGUACAUAUUUGAGAAUCUUUAGAGACGAUGAAAGUUUAACAGAAACAAAUGACUCUACAAGACAAAGAACCACCUCCAAGGGAAAGGAUAGAGAUGCUGAACUCAUACCUCCUCAUGAAAUAGACAGUAAUAAUCAGCGGCAUGAUUUAUAUCGCAGGAGAUCUAUAUCAAUUGCUACUCACCCCAGAUAUAGAGAACAAAAAUUACCAAUAAUGCAAAGAUAUAACGCCUCGGUUUUCCCAUCUUCCACUCCAACUUCACAAAUAAACAUGGAGAGAAAUGGUCAAAAUCAUCAACAAGCUUACAAUACUGGAAGAGAAGCGCACGUACCUUCUGAACCUCAACAUCCUCACUCUGUCGAUAAUAACAAUAACAAUGAUUCAUCCGAUAAGCAUUUGGAUUUAGAACAUGAACCUUUGAGUUUAAAACCAAUAUCAUCAGCAACUUAUUAUCCCCAUAAAUCAAAAUCGACAUCAAACUCAAAAAUAAAUUUAGACGAUGAUGAUAGUAACCUUAUUGUCAAUGAUAUUGAUCAAAGUGAUCUAACCAUUGGUGUUGAGCCUCUCGAGAAAAUAUCUUCCAAUGCGUCAUCAACAUUAUCAUCCUUAUUUCAAUCUAACAAUUCGUCUACUGCAGGGAGUGUGAUGAAUGGUUCAUCCCUCAGUAUAACUGAUCAGUAUGCGUCAUCUAGCAAAAUAUCAAUAUCAAAGUCACCCAUGAAUGGCUCUAAUGAAACCAUAUCUAAACAACCGAUAGCCAAUGAAGAAACUCAAAUAUCAAUGGAAAGUGAUGUUGAGAAACAAGAUAUGACCCCCGUCGCCCCAAUAGAGGAAGAAGAGGAGGAAGAGGAAGAAGAAGAGGAUCAAGAUAAAGAAUAUCCAUUAGCAGUUGAAUUGAAACCGUUUACCAAUAAAGUAGGCGGCCAUACUGCAAUCUUUAGAUUUUCUAAAAGAGCUGUUUGUAAAACGUUAGUCAAUCGAGAAAAUCGAUGGUAUGAAAACAUUGAAUUGAAUCAUAAGGAACUGUUACAAUUUAUGCCGCGCUAUAUUGGUGUGCUGAAUGUAAGACAACAUUUCUAUUCAAACGGCUCCAAUAAUGAUGAUACUGAUGCCGAAUUAAUGAACCAUGUCACCAAGGAUGAAGCUUGUGCUGUGAUAACUAGCGAUGGCAAGAAAGAUCGAAAGAAUUUCUCUAUCGAAAAUGAAUUAGUCGGUGCUCCACUACAGCAUAUUCAUUCUUUCCCUACAGACUCCUCUCCCAUUUUGUUUAAUCAUAAGAGAAAGUCUGAAACGCUGGAUUCUGCCAUUAUGCUACCUGAAGUUGUAAUUAAUGAUAAUAAACACAUAAUUCCAGAUUCCUUAUGGGGGAAAUAUUGGCAUUCUCCAAGUUCCAUACCAAGUGAUUCGAUGGUGUCUUCUCAUUCUUUAGAUGAUCUGGAUGUGAAUAUAAAUGAUAAUUCUCAUUUUCAAAGACGUGAUUCCGGUUCGACAAUGAUUAACACUGAAUUGAAAGACUUAAUCCUAAGAGAAGUAUUUGCACCAAUUUGUCCGAAGAAGAAUAGGAAGAGUAUCGUCAAUUCAAGCACGAAUGCAAAUACUACAAGGAAAAGUUCCACCUCACAACUCAAAUCAAGAUCCUCCUCCCAAGAUUAUAGAUGUGAUUCGAAUCCAUCCCUCAGAGCAAUUGCAACACCAACUUCUCCGCUAUUGAAGAAAACACUACAAGAAUCUAUAUCAAAUGCUAUUGAUUCAUCUAAUUCCGUCAUGGAUUUGAAACAAUUUCACAAGAAAGAAAUCGCCAGAGAAAAUUAUAUUAAUGAAAUACCUACCCAUUCAAAGAAAAAGGUUAGAAAUGAUUAUGAUGACCUAUCUCCAAACACAUCUCCUCGAAUGACCCAACAGGAAUUCCCUCAAGAUAUCCCUGAGAAUGGUGUGUUUGAGAUGGAACAAGAUUCUUCGAGUUCAACUCCACAGCAACAUACACCUGACUCCAAUGAAGUUACAAAUUAUAACCCUGAUGAUGAAAACGCACAGGAGGAACCUGAUACCAUUGUUUCAAAAUUUAUAUUGUUAGAGGAUUUAACAAGAUCCAUGAAUAAACCAUGUGCUCUUGAUUUGAAAAUGGGGACGAGACAAUAUGGAGUCGAUGCAAGACGUUCAAAGCAAAUAUCACAAAGGACCAAAUGUUUAAAGACCACAUCUAGAAAAUUAGGUGUUCGAAUCUGUGGGUUAAAGGUUUGGAAUCAAGAUUACUAUAUUACAAGAGACAAAUACUUUGGUAGACGAGUGAGAAUUGGAUGGCAAUUUUGUCGUACUUUAUCAAGAUUUAUCUAUGAUGGUGUCUCUAUUAGGAGUAUAAUUAAACAAAUCCCAAGGUUAAUUAAACAAUUAGAUACACUAAGUAAUGAAAUUGUUAAGUUGAAAGGGUAUAGAUUGUAUGGUUCCUCAUUGUUGUUAAUGUAUGAUGGUGAUAGUACUUCAAAGAGAUCACGUAUCAAGGUCAACUUAAUCGAUUUUGCAAAAUGUGUUACAAGGGAUGAUUUAGAGGAUGGAUUGGAAUCGGUAAAAAUUCCACCUAAGAAUCCUGACAGUGAAGACAGGGGAUUCCUAAGAGGCAUCAAAAGUUUGAAAUUCUAUCUCAUGUUAAUUUGGAACUAUCUAACCUCUGACCAACCACUUCUAAUGAACGAAGAUGAAUUAUCCAACUAUUUAAAUGAAAAUGAAGAAAAAUUUAGCAAGAGCUGGGAUUGGUUAGAUGACUUUGAUAAAGAGGAUGAAACAGAAUUUAAUGAUUCAGAGAGUGAUCUACGUAAGAAAUGGAGAAAAUAUGAGUUGAUUUUUGAUGCAGAGCCCAGAUACGGGAAUAAUGACGGUGAAGUCAGUGAUUAA